UAUAUCGCGUCAAAGGCGGCGGCGGUCGCGCAAAUUAUUUCGAGAAUAAGAAAUAUAAAGCCACGACUAGAGCCAAAUCGUGCUAGAGGAAUAUAGUGUAUUUAGUGAUAUAUUUAUCUGGUUUUCUUAACCUCACUGAAGGCCAUUUAACGAAUAGGGCGGGCGGUCUCACGCAGCCGUAAGUCAGGGACAAUGUGGCGUUUCGGAUUGAUCCUUCUCCUUGUAACAGCCAGCAAGCAAUUCUCAUUAUCAGACUUUGAGGUACCUGAUUAUAUGAAAGCGGGCGGUGACGUGCCACUAAAAUGCGGAUAUGAACUAAAAUCAAAUGAAUCUGAUAAAGGUUUCUUUGUAAAAUGGUGGUGGAGCCCAAUGAAUGGCUCCAGCGAAGAAAGGAGUCUCAUUUACCAAAGGAUAGUUGGACAUCCACCGGAUGCAUUACGUCACAAUAUUGAAAUAGUGCAAGGUGACGACAUUUUAUUGCGAAACGUGACGGUGAAGGACUCCGGAGUAUACGAAUGCGAAGUUUCAAAUAUAGUUGACGAAGUACGGCAAUAUGAACCAUUAAUAGUUUUUAGUGAAGGAACCGGUGUGGAAUUGGAAUUCAGUACUGUUGAGGAUGGCCCUGAUACUGAUGACGAUGAAGACGUGUUUGUUACGUGUGAGGCACUAGGUGUGGCGCCUUAUCCAGAUCUGACAUUCACUGUUGAUGGGGAGGCAGUGAACGCCACUGAUCUAGUGAUUGAAUCGGAAGAUUCGUACGAUAUUUACAGCAACGUGACAUUAAGUAGCGAUUUGGCAUCAGGUCAUGAAAUUUCUUGCCUCCUGACAUUCUCCACUCUCAAUAUUUCUGACGUGGCGUUUCUCGUUACUCAAGUAUACAAUGAAGCAGGAUUCACAACGGAGAGUCCCACUGAGAUGGCUUCUACCGAGGCCCCUGAAAACGUUGAAAACAAUUACCAAAAACAAUAUAUUAGAAGCCAAGAACCCGAACAUUCAUCUUGGAUUUUAUUGCUAUUUCAGGGAAUUCCAAGUAAGACGUCAUUUUACUUUACUAACUACGCCUUACAGUCUCCUUUUCGAAAUUCGAGUUACAGAGUAUAAAUAUGUAUGUAUUAUCAAUACUUCGUAGGGAAAUAACAUUUUGUUCAAGUACAAAAUCUGAAUUAUUCGAGAUACCCCGUAUUUAGAGGAUCUGUGGAAGGGAAUGGCAAUUUUUUCUAUUUACUGAGGAUUUCGACUUGACGAGUUUUGAGUUAUCGGGAUUCCACUAUAUGCUUAUCUUUCAAUAUAAAUAAUUGAAUAAUAACAAUACAUUUAAAUAACUAUAAAAUACUUCAUUAUUAUUCAAUAGAAUGAUUAUAAUUAUGUACACGGCCCCUUUCUAUAAACACUAUAUAAGUCCGG